AUAGAACCGUCGAGAUAACCCUGAAGGUUGAACUACCGUGCAAGAUGAAGGAAAAAGCGGCUCCACUUUUUGUAGUUUGGUUGAGAAAAGCUGAGUUGGAUUGGAACAUGGAGUUUGACGUUGGAGACGGAGAAAGCCAGAUGUGGAGAUUUUUGGGUAGAGGAUUGAGAGGUGAACAAAAGAAGAAGGGGAUUGCACUCAAGGCUACCUCAAGCCAAGAACCUGCCAUGGAGGAAUCAAGCGAUGAGGACAACGAGUUCGGGCUCGUCAUCAAAAAGUUCCACAAGUUCAUGCGUAAGGAGUAUGAACGAAAGGGGAAGAAGCAUGGAAGACCACCCAAAUGCUAUGGGUGUGGAGAAGUUGGCCAUAUCAAGCCAAAAUGCCCAAAUGCCAAAAACGAGAAGGAGAAGAAACCGUUCAAGAAGCACCGAGCUUACAUCUCAUGGGGAGGUGAUUCCGGCGACGAGUCAUCGGAAGGCGAAGAAAAUGAAAGCGCCAACUUUUGCCUCAUGGCACACGAGGAACCACCGGAAGAGGUAUGUACCACUUCUAAAGAUUCCUAUACCGUUGACGACGUAUAAGAAGCCUUUAAUGAACUUUAUGAUGAAUA